GCUUUCGCUUUUUGCGCGAAACGCCCCGCUGGUCACAUCAAAGAUGGCCGGCCCAUCGGCGCGAUACGCUACGCAGUGACCGCGCUCUUUGCUUUCUUUCGCACGCGCCAUGGAGCCGAGGCACGGACGGAGUUUCCAGCGGGUGCCCGGACGACCGUGGGACGCCCGCUGAGUCGCCGCGACAGCUGCUCUUAGCGCGUAACGUCGCGCGCCAAACCGACGCCAUCAUGUCGGCCAUGGGGAGUGUGCGGAACGUGGCAGUCCUCCUGGCUGUCUUCCUGGUUCUGGUCUUCCAAGCAUCUGGACAUCCUGUUGAGGGACAAGAUGGGCUGGAGUCUGGAAGAGCACGGUCCUGGAUUCCAGCCUGGAGCAGCGUAUCAGAGUCGGUGUGGGUGAUCGGAGCGUCCGUGUGCUUUGCUCUGACGGCGGCCAUCGUGGCCUCUCUGGGCUGCCUCUGCUGCCGCAACGAGGGCAUCAAGCUGCUGGGCACACGCAAUGGUGUCAGCGUGCCUCACCUCCCUCUGGGCAGCAUGGCCCAGCAGCGGAGCAGCCUCUCGCCCGAGGUGACCAUCUUCCCACCAGCCGCUGCCGCACCCCGCCUCGCCUUUGCCACGCCCCCGACAACCUUCGAUGACAAGGUGAGCUUUGAGCCGCUGCCCAAGAUCUUCCCUCGGCUGCCGGCGUCUCCAUCCAAACACCCCCUGCGACCCGCCCACUACUCCGGUGAGCUGGGCGGCACUCCAAGCUCCGUCCACGACUGGUUUGACGAUCCACAGGCCAACUUCCCCCGCGAACGGCUGCAGUACCUGCAGGAGUUGGGUGUCGGCUGGUUCGGACAGGCCGUGCGUGGAGAGGCGCAGAACCUGAACAACGGUCGGCCCGGCGACGAUGACCAGACGGCCCCCGUGGCAACCACCCCGGUGGUGGUGAAGAUCCUCCGCUCGGACGCGACGCCCACCGAGCACAUCUGCUUCCUGCACGAGGUGCAGCACCUCAGGCUUCUGCGGCACCCGCAUCUUCUUCAGCUGCUCGGUCGAUGCCUCGAGUCAGAUCCAUUCUUGCUCAUCUUGGAGGAUUCGGUCAUGGACUUGAAAGCGUUCCUUCUGAGCAAGCGCCCCGAGGCAGAGCCCUUCCUGCAGGGUCCGAUUCCCUUGCAGGCCGCCUGUGCCAUUGCUUCUGCGCUGGACCACAUGCACAGGCACAGCUUCGUGCACGUGGACCUGGCAGCCCGCAGCUGUGUCAUCGAUCGAAACCAGGUUGUCAAGGUCGGUGACUACGGCACUUCCCUGCAGGCUUACAAGGAGGACUACCACCUGGUGGGUGAAGUGGCCGUGCCGCUGCGGUGGACUGCCCCCGAAUCUCUGCACUGCACUGAUCUAGCGUUGGAGGCCCGGGAACUCACUAAGGAGGCCAAUGUCUGGAGCUUCGGUGUGCUGCUGUGGGAAUUGCUGUCCCUGGGAGCCCUGCCGUAUGAGGGUCUGACGGACGAAGAGGUCCUGAGGAGGGUUGUGGUGCAGCGGGACCUGGUGCCAGCCAGGCCUACCACACCUGCUGGCCGACACACGGACCGCCUGUACCAAGUUGCUACCUGGUGCUGGAGCGAAGUACCCGCUGAACGGCCGUCGGUGCAUGAGCUCCGUGAGCUGCUCGGCCACCUCCAGCGUGAGAACAGCGAUGCGCACGACUUUGAGUCGCGCUGGGCUGCACUGCGGCCUGACCGUGUCAAAGACUACAAUCUGGCCCCGAACCACCCAGCCGCACUGUCGCUCUCUCGGCUCGGCUUUGAGAGCGACUUUGUAGCUGCCAGCCUCCAGAACCUCCACGGGAGCGCGGAGGACCUGCGCACCGAGCCGACCGUGGAUGAGGAGGAAGAGCUGACCUCAUUCCACAUCUCGGAGGCAAUCCGCGAUUUGGAUGCGAUCCUGGCGGCAGAGUCGGGUUCCACGGCGUCCGUCGACCUGCCCAGCGAGUCCAUGCAGCGACAGGACAGCCUCGGCAACGAGUCCGUCGACUCGAGGGAGCUCAAUUCUCUUGGCUUCAAGAAGAGCGCUUCGGUGGAAGACCUGCUUCGUGAAGGGCCCGAGAAGGUGGCGGAAAUGUUCCGCAUCACUGUCAUCGAUGACGUGGACGCCAGCGGCAGCGAGCCACGCAGCCUCGGUGCAGACUCCGACAUCUGGAGGCGACUCGAUGACGGACCAUCCGUGCCCGCUCCCGGAAACGGUGCACUGAACGGCAGUGUCGUCGGGGGCAGUGUGGUGUCGUCGAAUGUGGGUAUCUGGGGCAGUGCCGGUGGUGGGGACGGGGUGCAAGUUGUGGAUGUGGUUCCACGUCAAGCUGAAAGCGACGGUGGUCUGCGGAACACGGCGGCGCGCGAGGACGUAAGUAGCCACGUCGGAGUCGCGGGACGGUUUGGUGGUGGUUGCACUUCGGCACGUGGCUGUUUCCCGACCCCUUCAGCCGCUAACUCCGUCGACGGUGGCACGCUGAGCACUAACACCCCAGACGCUUCCUCCGGUGAUGCCCGGCAGGAAGCCAACACUGAUCUGUGCCCCCCUGUCUUCACUUGCAGCCAGAGCGGAGACGACUCUGAGACGCCGACGCCGGCUGCCGCGGCCCCCGAGCCCACGACGCAAGGCGGCAGCAACGACAGCCGUGACAGUGCUUCGUACGUGACGGCGCCGGAGUCUGAGGAAUCGAGCUUCGGCCUGGUGCCGGAACUCUUGGAACGUGCCGCGUCCGAGUCGGAGACGAUGUUUCUGACCGCCAUGCCGGACGGCGACAAUACGUCCGACUGCUCCGACGCAACUCUGGCGGAUGACGACGACAACUUUGCGAGUCCGCUGGCGCAUUGUGUGCGUUCUUCGACACCGACUGGGGACUGUCCUAGCCCCGGUGUGUCUCCCAUCCCAAAGUGCGCGUCGUGGAACCUGGGGGACGAUGUUGAGGAGUCGGCGCUUUCGGACCUGACGGUGGACGAUGAUGUGGGGAAGGGGGGUUCCUCGUACGAGGACUCACUUGCAAUCACCGAGAACUCGACGGUGGACGAGAUGCGCAGGAUUGCUAACGAGGCAGCGGCACAGCACCACCAGUCCAUGCAGAAUGGGCCGGUGCUGGUCAAUGGGCAUUUGUGCAAUGGGCUGGAGUCAUUAGACGAUGGUGACGACAGUGACGACGAGGGGCUUGUGGAGUACGAUCUCAACGACAUCUCUGCGGUCCUGGACGGCAACGUUGAAGGUGGCGGAGGAGGCGGGCUGCCGUCGCCGCGGUCGGCGUGGCCUCCACUCGAAGACUCGCCCAUGUGCGGGGAGGAAGAAGAGAUCCUGACGGUGAACACGCUGACCCACGAGAUCACCGUCAGGCCAGCUGCGGGCAUAGUCUUCGACGGCCGCGAGGUGCUUGCGGGCGUGGAAGAGGAGGACGAUGGGGAUGCCAGUCCCCUGGGAUCACCUGAACGAAAGCAGCAGCUUGACAGGAAGCGAGAUGGCCUGGACGACGAUGCCGAGGACACGGAUGACACGAGCAGCACGGGGACGUCGUGCACCUCCACGUCGGGCUCGUUCGAGUGCCUGGCGCAGGAGGAGGCGGACGGUAUGGUAGACGGUGUGACGGAUGGUGUAUCGAAAGCGGGAAGCACUCUGACAACGCCUCCUGCUCAGCGACCGCGCAGCUUGGAAGGCAGCCCCACCUCCCCGAGGCGCGCCAGCACUUGGGACCGUAGGGCCACGCCCACCAAGUCUGCUCUCAAGUCUGCCAGCGGCAACAGGUGCAAGCCUAGUACAGGAAAGGGCUCAACUUCGCUGCGCAAGACGGUGUCGUUCCACGACGUCAUCUCGUCGGUGCACCACUAUUCGGCAGACGAGGAGGCGCCUCCGUCACCACCGCCGUCUGCGCCGCCGUCAGCCUUUGACUACGCUGGCCUCAGAGACUGGGAGUUCCCGCUUUGUCUGGACGAGGAGUUUCCGGAAGCCACCAACGGGGGGAGCAGUACCAGCAGCAGCAGUGACGAGGAGGACAAUCUGCCCCCCAGGGGGCACCGGGGGCUGCGCAGCCUGCCCGUGCGUCCGCGUAUCACCAAGCUCGGAAGCACCUUCGGGUCUGCCGCGGCAUCGCCCCUCUACUGCAUUGCGGCACUCUCGCACGAUGACCUCCCCACCACGGACGACGAGGAGCUGCCCACAGAACCGUCUCUUGCUGAGGAGCCGAGCGAAGACCUGCUGAUCAACCAGCGACCUCCGUGGGAUUCCUCCAUGAGCGAUCUGUCCAACCUAGACGCAUCGGACGAUGCAGACUCCCUCCGGUCGGAAAGCCCAGUCAGGAAGCCCUCUGCCUCAGCGACUGCCAAUCGCAAUUUCGACCUCAAUGCCAACAGCAACCUCCGCCCGGUGCGCAACACCAUCGCUACUGUCGAAGACUCGAAUGCCAAUAGCAACGCCCACACGAACUUGGCAACUGCAGCCAACCACCACCAAGCUUAAGGCAGUGUGUGCAAAAAAGUGUUCUUUUGAAUGCCAAGACCGCAUGGCACCUUUGCAGAAAUCCCUUCCUCCUAUGGCGGCACAACCGGUACUUGCCCUGAGGCGAGUGGCUGAAAACUAUGUUGAAGAAAUGGUUUUUGACUGUCUCCGGACUAUGAGGAGGGCUGCAAAAAUCGGCAGUCGCGUCGCCUCGUUUGCUGGGGGCUCUGUCAAAGGCAGCACUUGGGAGUCCAAGCGCCAUUGGUGCACUGACUAGGCCUGCAGUGACCACUGUGACUAUUGUCAGCCUGCAGUGACUGUCGGCCUUCGGUAAUCUCGUCGCAUUGAAGACCAGUCGUCAAGUCAACAGUCCAUUGCCGCACACGCCGAAGUCAUCUCCCGUACUUGUGAACUGCGCAAGUGUCAGGCAAGGUGGAGAUGUGGUGACAGCAAGUCGUGUACACUUCUCUUUGCAGGCUUUCUCAACGUUCUGGUGGUGUGGCCAUGCAGAGGUCUGCAAGAUGCCGUCGAAAAGAAGCCGAACAAUCGAUAAGAACGUUUCCAUCUGUGAUUCAAAACAAUGCGGUAUUGAGGGGCUGAAAAACUGUGUCGCUGUUUCGUCAUCUUCCGCGCCCAGUCAUUUCUCGUCUCCGUGCCCGUGCGACACGUGUACGAGCUCUCGGAGAUGGUUCUACGACGAGCCGUGCCGGCCGUUGUGCCGAGCAAUCUAGGCACCUUGAGACCGACGCGUCCCCAAACGAUGCCCGCACCCUCAGGUUUACCAGUCAUGUACAGACACUUAUCGUGUAACCCCGUUUACGUGCCCAUUCCUUCGUGUUGUGUCACCGUGUUUAACACUCUCUUUAAAGAACUUGGUACUAUCUACAACACCCGACUACCAUUGCUGGGAAUCUUUCUGUUUUCUUCGCCAUUUGUCCUGAGACUGUGCUGCACCCAUGACUGGCCAUGUUGUGAUUGGUUGAGCUACGAAGCUGGUGUGAGCUACAACUUGCGCAGUAGAAGUGAGGCGAUUUGAUGGAAAGGAUUGAUAGGUGCCAUCUUAGUACAAGCUUAAAGGCCACAAAGUAAUGGUUACUUGGGACAAUGUCACUGCUUGCACUCUGGUGUCCACAAAUACCAGCUGGUUCUUACAUUGUAAUUUGGGGGUCACUUGCACAGGGUGUGUUUGAACGCAAACUUGCCACUUAUGUACUGGAAAACCAGCUUCGCGUGUGUUGAUCCCGAGUUGCAUGCAGUGAUUUGCUGAGCAGGGCCGGGAAGAGUGAAGCUUGUUAAAUUUGUUUCCAUGUUUGUCUUUUGCCAACUUAUCAUCACAUGGGCAUGACUUUUGAAGUUAGUUCCGUGAAGUGUUUCGAACAGGUGGCGUCGUGUCUUGGUUAGUCGUGAUACAACAUCUGCCCUCACAAUUCUGUCCUCGUCUGUAUCUGCUAUUCUCUUUGCGAUUGUAGUCCUCCGCUAGUUUUGCCAACAAGGCACUUUUGGGCUUCAGCCUUCUUUUGAAGUAAGUCUGUAAUUUUUUGAAGUGUGAAUCACUGGAGUAAGCUUGAGAGCAGAAGGUAAUCAUACCACCACUCUUGUGUACAUUGCGUUAUGACAGAGCUGCCUCCAUGGUGUGGCGUGAAAAACGUUUAGAUAUCUCCAUAGAGCAGAGUGUCGCUUGCAGCACGGAGGUGGUGCCAUUCCGCUUGCACGAACCUGCACUUGUUGGUUUCAAUCCAUUGCCUUCCAUAAAGGCAUUCUCUCGCACAGCCACUUCGAACAAAGUUAGGUGUGCCACGUUUGCACUCGAGACCCCUAAUGCCAUGUUGUGCAAACGUGACCUGGUGCAAGUGUGACCUAGUGCAAACAUGAUCCAGUGCAAUGGUUACCUCGUGUCAAGUAGUGCAAGUGUGACACUAGAAACCACUGUUGCGUUUGCACCAGAUUCCUGUUUGAAAAAACUCUUAUGUGGGAAGAGAUGUAAAGAGUCAGGGUGAGUAACUGAAUUAGUGAACAGGGCUAGGCUCUCACUGGGCUGCUGGCUAAAAGUAUCACUGGGAGCAGAAGAUAUGAGGUGUUGGCAAUAUGAGUUGCUGUUGGUGGUUUGGCAGCCACCUUUGUACAGAGGUCAUAUUAGUCAUACCAGGAUUUUGCUGUGUGCUGCAAGAGACUGAGCUGCCCCGAUGUGUGGGGGAGAACAGCAUCUCAGGAAUAGUAAUGACACCGAAUGAGCAUCACUUCGGAGUCGGCGUUAAGAGAUUUGUUAAGAUAUUUGUCUUGGACCACGCACAAAAUGUCCCUCCAGUUGUCCCCUUGUAAUUGCAAUCCACGUGUUCUUUUUAAUAAAACAGGAACAUGUACUAUACGUGAGGAGCAUAGUGCAAUCAGAUUUGUUCUGCAUAUGUCCACUGUUUGUUUUCAUUCCGUGUGCAAAACGGCUUAUUCAUUUUUACUGUAAUAAAGCAGGUGCAAAAGACCUGUCAGGUGAUUUGGAGGCAUAUAUAUUAUGAACGCUCGUCUAAGGGUGUGUGUUUCAUUUGAGACGAAGUGUGGCCCUUGCACAAAGUGGGCUACCUUAUUCUGAAGUUUUGUUCUGAUCCAAAUUUGUUUCUACAAGCUCUUCUUUCUGUAUGGACGAUGGUGCAGCUUGGUACACUGUCAGGGGUUUUAUUCUGUCAGGUUAUCGUGAAAUCAUAACUCACUGGACUACCUCUAAUCACAGCAUGGCCUUCACUGUUCCAGUUUUUUUGAAAAGUGCUUUUGUAAAUUUGGGCUGAGAAGUUGGAGCAUGGCCCUUGUUUGAACAAGCGGUACCUCUCCAGACCAUCACACUUGAUGGUCCUCGAGUUCUCCCGCUUUCUGAUUAAAACUUUUCGUUGUCUUUCACGUCAGAUCAUACCUUCCUGACGUUAACUGCAGAAAACUCGUAUGUUUCACACUUUUCAUCAUCGUGUCUGACGCCUGUAAUAACGCCAGCUCGCAUUCCCUUUCAAGCAUUCGAUUCUCGUGUUCAUGACCAUCGCAUCACUUUCAUGUCCUCCCAGUCGUUCUCACCCAUUUCGGGAAGGUCGAGGGUUUGUCAAUGCGGGCCCAUACUGAAGCCUCGUGGAAGAGCUCGAUUCCUCAGUCUCCGUAGCACAUGCAAUUUGCUCUAGGCUAGAGACUUGCAUGACGAAAGAUGUAGGUAUUUUAUUUUUGUUUUGCACGUUGUGCACUGCUAGUUUAGAUUGUAAAUACAGUCGGGUAUUAGUUUUCUUUUUUGUAUCAUAUUUGGUGCGUUAUUUGUUUUUUCACUUGUAGAGGUCUGAAGAGCCAGUGAGGUGUGCGUGGCUAAAGAAUUCUUCCUGGUAUACGUGUGCAUGAAUCUCGUUUGAAUGUUUGGGAGUGCUUGCAAGUUUCGAAGUUUUUUACUUUAAUUUCUUCAGUGGUUAGAACAGAGAAAGAAAAAAGUGCACUGUAUUUAGUUGGAGUAAAAAGGUUUAUUUAAGUUUGAGAGAAGGUUCUAGAGAGCAUCGGAGCACACGAGGAAACCUUGAAGGUGAUGCACAAUAGCCUAGGGUCCAGGUUUAUAAACUGUACUCAAGUCCCACCUACUCUCCACAUUCUGGUGGUUUCACAUCAGAAUGUGAAAUCAUCUCCGUCUGCCUCCAAUUGUCUGUAAUGGCAGUUUUACAGGAGGAUCAGUGCCAUGCGAUUUGCAAGCCACCUGUUUUUUCUAAGAAUAAACAGCUUGCACUUGCGAUUGACUGACACGAGUCUUAGCCAUAGCUGUCAACACAAGAGUUGGUGAGACAAGGUAUUGUUUGGUGUCAACAUUUCAACCGCUUCCAAAAACUACUGCACAGCCCCCAUAUUCCUUUGUUUGUCCCAUAUUCAGCGAUUGCUAAAAAAUGCGGAUGCAGGGUUAUCCAGUAAGACAUCUGGCCAUUAAAGUGUUUUUUUUUUUUGUGUGCAAACUGCGAUUUCUCUCCUGUUCUAAAGGGCAAGGUUGACGAGGCCGGGCCUGCCCUAGUGGAGCAAAAAUGAGAUGCUAGGCAGCCAUGUACGGUAUUGCUUGACAAAUGCUAGGCUGCAACACAUUCUAGCAUGUUGUGGAACCUACUAUGAAGACAGGUUCCACUUUCGAGAGAUGUACAAAUCAGUUUGGAUACCAUUAAACCUCGAAGAUAGGAGAAAGGAUAUGUCGAACCUUGGAUCGUUUUGAUUUAUUUUUGUAGUGCAGCUUCUUAUGGAAUCUCGCAGUUGCUAUGGAACCUCACUGUGCCAUGUGCAAAUGCUUUUGUAAUUUGAAGGAAGCAGGCUUUGGCGGAAGUGAAGUGGAGGAUUGGGUUGUCUUACGGUGUAUUCUUUGGAGCUGCUGUUUCGACAGGCUGUUUAUCCAGCUAAAUGUUGAGUGUCUUCGUGCUCAACAUUGCUGGCACCCUUCAUUCUGUGCAUAAACUUUUGAUGCCUCAUGUUUUCUAUGUUACAGAAAUAGCAUGAAAUUUUAGAACCUGAAUCAAACUGUAACCAUAAGAGUAUGGAGUCAUCCUUGAUAACGCCGGGUCAUCAAAAUGUUGUUCCAGAGUCCCAUAACGUGCUCAAAAAUGUAACAGUUUCACCUUCUGAUAGCCUCAGGGGAUAUUGCUCUGAUAUCUAGCCACAUAUUUUUCAAAAUUGAGAUGCCAUUCUGUUUUUACCUUGCAGCAACUAUACUGUAAGCGUGAGAAGUCGUUGAACGGGGAAUUUCGCUGGUGCCAAUGUUUUGGCGAUUGUUGCAAUGUCGGCUUCAGUGAAGUUUCUAGAUCGACUUCUCACCACUUGAAGCAUCCACAUUUGUCAGAUAGUAGUUUCAUCUGUCUUGUCUAUCUUUCAUUGAUAUUUGGAGGGAAAAAAAGAAAACAAGGGUGUUUGUGUUUGAAGGCAGUAUUAGUAUUUUAUUGUCAAACUGUGAACCAUUCUUCCAAUGAUGUUCUCAUGUGUUGCUUGUCUGUUCCAGUCUGCUAGAGCGGCUUCUGUGAUUUUGCACAUUCUGUUGAAACAGCUGGAGCUUGUUCUUUUUAUUUCUGUUAACUUUAAUGUGCUCCUGUGUUUAAUUAAUGCGUGCAAUUUGUUGAGAUUCUUGCAUUGCCAACGUGUUCCGUGCGCAGUAUUGCUUACUCAGGAUUCGGACUGUGUACUCAUUGUGACUUAUAAAUAUGCACCAAAUACCGUUUUGCAAACGUCUUUGCGGUUAGUGUCUGAAUUAGUUUUGAUCAAUAAUUUUUGCCACUUUUGUUUUCUUACCAGCUGUCAGAAUUGUAUGUUUUGACAGGCCUACAGUGUUAACUUGUUUACAUAAGUAAUUAUCAUGUCAGCUGUAGUGUAUGCAAGUUGUGCUAUUUGUUAUGCUGUGAGCCUAGCUUUCGAAUAGUUUGUGCGAUAGUUUCGUGACAGUGACUUAACGUAAACGUUAGCGAAAGCACACCACUCAAAAUCUGCAUCUUUCUGUUGAUGCCACAUUUUUUUACCCCACUGCCAUAUUUUUUUCAAAAUUGCAGCUUCUGCAAGGUCAGAAUUGAUCCCAUUUCUUGACUGACAGUUUUAUGUGCUGAAGGUGCAGUGCUUUUUCUUAAUAAUGGUAUCCCAUUCCUCUAAAUGCUCCUCGAAGGUUGUCCUAGGUAAAGAAAGAGAAUUUGUUCAAGGACUUCAAAGGCUUGGUAAUGCACGUAAAUUUGUGGAGUAGCAAGGCACGAGUGUUGGUGUGCUUACAGCAGAGGUGCUCGCUUUGGUUUUGAAGUGUAUCUCCUUUGCAGAAAAGUUGCAUGCAGUAUAAUUUUGUUAAAAAUAAGCACAUGCCGAUGUCGCCAAAGCAGGUGUUGGUUUAAAGUUGGGCUUUCAGAGUGAGCUUUGCACAUUUACAUGCCAUUGCAACCCCUGAAUUUCUCAUGCGUCCAGUGGCCCCGCAGUGUGGCAACUGGUAUCGCACUUUUUGUCUCGUUUCUUGGUGGAAUGAUUUAAAACACUCGUAUAACUGGGAUUCUCUCCCUUGUGAUUUUACUGAGUUCUUAGAAGGUGGGAGGUGUACAAGUUCUUGUCCAUACGUAAAUACGAAGAGUGUUUUGUGCUUGACUUAAUGUACCAUCGAAAAGUGUGCACGUUGUAAAUCUUUUUCGUUUUUAGUUGGCUCCUGUUCGGGCUGCCCUGUAUCUACAGCCCGCCAUUAGUCACAAUUAGCCUGUGCGUAAGAGUCGUGUAGCACCGCACAUCCGUACUGUACAUAGCGUGCGCGGCUCACGAGUGGUGCCGUUUUUGCCACGGGAAGGAGUUAUGGUUGUGCUUAUAUUUAUUCGUCCCACGACAUGCUUAUGGCAUGUAGUGUGCUCCUAGCGGAGCAUAAGAGUGCCAGUCAUAGAAUAAAACGGUGUAUUUUUCUUCCCUCCCGUCCUUCUAUUCACCUCAGUAGUUUUAUUUAGA